AUGCUGCUCCGCCUCCUCCUCCUCAGCCUGCUCCUCGCGUGCGCGUGCGCGGUGAGCUUCACGCUGCAGCCGGAGCAAGAGCAGUGCAUAUCCGAGCUGCUCAUGCCCAAAGCGAUCCUGACCGGCGAGUGGAGCUUUGGGCCUGCAAAGGAAAAUGCCACCACGGAAAAUGCAACGCUCGCAUCGAUGCGGGUGAUCUCGCCGGCAGCGGGCACGCCUACGCUCUUCGAGUCCACCGACGCCGCGGGCCACUUCUCCGUCACCGCGACUGAGAACGGAGAGCACCGGGUGUGUGUCGUCGCGAGGGCUGCGGCGGUACAGGCGUCGCUCGUCGCAAAGACGGCGCUCGAGGUUGCGGACCACGACCUGGCCGCCAAGCGCGAGCACGUCGAGGCGCUCGAGCAGGAGAUUGAGAAGAUGGAGAACCUGGCACGCCACGCGCUCGACGCGUCCACACGCGGCCGGCUCGUGUGGGUGGAGGUUGCGAUGAUGUGCACGCUGCUAGUGAUGGGGCUGUGGCAGAUCAACUACCUCAAGGCCUUCUUCCAGGCCAAGAAGAUCCUCUAG